ACAGUUUUCGAUCUAUAUCGAUCAACAGCAUUUGGAGGUUUUAUAAUUUUUAUACCUCUAUUGAGUUGUUCUAUACUUGUUCUUAUUACUGCUUAUAUACCACGUUUAAUAUUUAUUCGUAUAGCUACAAUUUUAUGUUGUGUAAUGAUUGUAUUAUGUCUAAUAUUAAUUGCUUAUGAUAUUCUUAUUCUUAUUGAUCCUACUCGAUGUUUUAUUUUAAGUUGUAUGAAUGCUGAUGUUACUUAUGAAGUUAAUUCAAAUUAUAGUACAACAAUAACAGGUUGGCCACUUACUAUUAUAUGGCCAGAUUAUUUUCAAACCGAUAUGACUGCUAAAAGAUUCUUUCAAGGUUUACAAUUAUUUUUUGCAUGUUUAUUUAUUUUUACUUGUUCAUUAUAUAUAUCAACUUAUUAUAUUUAUCGAUAUUUGAAUUUACAUCGACCAACUGUUUAUAAAUUACCAGAACUAAUUACAAGUACAGGUUAUAUAGUUAAUCCAUAUUCACAAAGGAAUUAUGAAUAUAUAGUACCGAUACAUAACAUGGAAGAUAAUCCUUCUGGAUUAGUAGAAUAUACUUAUCCUCCAAUAUCACAAUCAAUCGAUACAAGGACUUUCAUAGAACCACAAACUAUUUCAAUUAAUUAUAAUCAAAUGUGUCGACGUUGUAUGGAAUAUCCACGAAUGAUUUCAACAAGGACCUAUCAACAACAAAAUCCUUUUUCAUAUGUAUGUUUUCGAUGUAAUAAUGAACUUUUAAAUUCAUAUGAAAAGACAUCUAAUGUUUAUCCAAUACAUGAUGAUUCUAUAUGGACAUUUUAG